GGAGCUGCACGUGUCUGGGAGGGCGGAAGGGGCGGGACCCAGUGGGAGAGAGGCUUAGGUAGGUAGCCUAGACCCGGAGUGUCUGAGCGGUAGCUGGAGACAGACUGCGCUGAGCCGAUCGACAAAGUUGCAGGUCCGAUCUUUGCGUACUCCGGGAGCUGCUCUCCAGCCCCUGCUUCUGAACCUAUGGAUUCUCCAUCUAGCGUUUCAUCCUAUUCUUCCUACUCUCUGUCUUCCUGUUUUUCCACCUCGCCAGUGAACAGUGACUUUGGCUUCCCCUCCGAUAGUGAGGGGGAGGACAAGGGGGCCCAUGGCCCCAUGCCUGACACUGUUAGGCUGAGGGGAGGUUCUCGGCCAAGUCCCGGUCCAAUUCGUCACAGGCAACGACCCAAGGUUUCCAGUAACCAACAGACAGCAUCUCACGCGGAACAGCGGGGCUUGGCUUCUCCUAUGGCAGGAUCUGGGAUCAAAAGAUCAAGAGAUCGUCAAUUGGAGACCAGUCUCAACAUUCAGGGUAGCACCACAGAAGGAGACCGGCUCUUUGCUCAGAAGUGUAAAGAGCUCCAGGGAUUCAUACGCCCUCUCACAGACCUACUGAAUGGGCUGAAGAUGGGUCGCUUUGAGAGAGGAUUAAGCAGUUUCCAGCAGAGCGUGGCAAUGGACAGGAUCCAGCGGAUAGUAGGUGUUUUGCAGAAGCCACAGAUGGGAGAGCGUUAUCUAGGAACCCUGCUACAGGUAGAAGGGAUGUUAAAGACUUGGUUUCCUCACAUAGCUGCCCGGAAGUCAUCAUUGGGUAGUAGCAGACCCCAGCUGACCAAGCAUUUUCCAAGCCACCGCAGUUAUCGAACUGCUUCCUCUCCUGCACCUCCCACGGAAAAGAUGGAACAGACACAGCUAGGACAUGUAGUAUUGAAACCAAAGCAGCCUUGGCACCUCAUGGAAUGGCCAGCUAUGAACCUCACUUGGAUCCACACCACUCCAAUUUGUAACCCCCCUCUCAGUUCCCAAGGUGCCGUUUCCUUUAGCCGUGGUCCUUUAGGCACUGGAACCAGCAUUGGUGUCAUCCUUCUCCUCCAGCAUGGAGAGCAGCCCUUCACCCACUCAGCCCCAACCAGUCCAGUUCCACCUACUACAGCAUCUCCUGUCACCGCUGGUGACCCUAAGAAACUAUUUGGAGAGGGACCGCGUUGCUACAGUUUGCCAGUAACUCUGCCGUCAGACUGGAGCUGUACCCUAUCCCCGCUUGAUCCAAGCACCACAGCCAGAGAGAUGACCAUGGGACACCUAGAGCAGACGAGAAGCCAUCCUCCAGUUGCUUCUGCUGUCCAUCCUCUCAACCCCUAAUCCAGGACUUAAGACUAUGUUUUCUAAUUCGUGUAAAUACAUGUCUAUAUAUUUUACAUUUAAUGUGUGCAUUUGUGUUAAAAGAAGAGAAAUCCUUUCUGAUUAAAGA